CAGGCGAUUUGGGCAUAGACAUAGCCAGCACCUUCUUCAAGCCAAUCGAAGGUGCAGAGCCACUGCAUCCGAAUAACGGAAACACAAAGAUCACAGUAGUGGGCGUGGGAAAUGUGGGAAUGGCGGUGGCGCAAACGAUUCUCACCCAGGAGCUCACCAGUGAGUUAGCCUUGGUAGACGUGGAUGCAGAAAAACUAAGGGGCGAAAUGCUGGACCUGCAACACGCCGCCGCCUUUCUUCCGCGGACGAAGAUCGUGGCGGGUAGCGACUAUACCGUCUCUGCCAGUUCGGACGUCUGCAUAAUCACGGCGGGUGCACGGCAACGGGAAGGGGAGUCCCGGUUGUCGCUGGUUGAACGGAACGUGCAGCUUUUCAAGAGUAUCGUUCCGCAGGUGGUGAAGCACAGCCCGGAGGCCAUACUCCUGGUGGUGUCAAACCCGGUGGACAUUCUGACCUACGUGGCCUGGAAGCUCUCGGGGUUCCCAUCGAAUAGGGUGAUUGGAAGCGGCACCAAUCUGGAUUCUUCACGGUUCUGCUUCAUGAUAGCUGAGCAUCUCGAUGUUAAUGCGCAGGACGUUGAGGCGUACAUUGUUGGGGAACACGGGGAUAGUUCCGUGGCGCUGUGGUCGUCCAUUAGUGUUGGAGGUAUGCCGGUGCUUGGGUUUUUGAAUAAGCAGGAGAUCCCUUAUGAGAAGCACCACUUGGAGGCUAUUCAUCGGGCUGUUGUUGAUAGUGCUUAUGAGGUUAUUGAGCUCAAGGGGUACACUUGUUGGGCCAUUGGGUAUUCAGCUGCUAACUUGGUCAAGAGUUUGCUGCGUAACCAGAGGAGAAUACACCCGGUGUCUGUGUUGGCGAAGGGGUUUCAUGGGAUUGAAGAUGAGGUUUUUCUUAGCCUGCCUUCGUUGAUUGGAAGAAGAGGGGUUCUUAGUGCUGUGAAUUUUCACUUGACUGAGGAGGAGACCCAGCAGCUCAGGCUCUCCGCUCAGGCCAUUCUUGACGUUCAGAAGCAGCUCUCUAUUUGAUGACGUACAAGGGAGGAUAUCAUAUUUGUUGAGGUUUCAACUAUGUCGUCGACUUCUUCUCGGGACUAUAAUUCUUAGCUAGUGGUCAUGAUUAAGGAGGGGAGAAGAAAGUAGAUUUCUAUGUAAGGAAAUAAAGGAAGAAUAAACAAUAGAUUUAUUCCUCUAUUAGUA